CGGGGUAUCUCGGAUAUAACGCGUGACCUUACUUUCAGCAAGAGUGCACCGAGUGUAUAGCCCUUGGUAGCAAAAUGUCGUCGGUCGAAGCAGGUCCGAAACCACUGCGAGUGUCACCAUUGAUUAAAUUCGCUCGAUGGAGUCUUCUGGGAAUGGGAAUUUUAUAUGGACUUUACCACCAACGUAGGUUCUCUAAAAUAGAGGACGCACGUCGUGAGAAAGAACUGAGAGAAAAGCCUAUGAGAGAUGCAAAACUUGCAGAGGAGAAGAGACUCGAACUAAUAGCUCAAGAGAAAAUGAUCCAGGAACUUUUUCUGACACCUGCUAAGAAAUAAAAAAUACCAUUAUUUCGUUAGUCUACAUUUCCUAUUAUUAAUAAAUUAAUGUGUUCUUAUUUACUAAAUAAAAGAUCGAUUAUAUAAAUUU